UGCCGCUGGACGGGAGGUGAUGGUCGGGACUAGGUGACGUCAUAGAAAUCAUCAGCCAUGUCUCGCUGGGCGUGGCUUGGAGGGGGUUUCCUGCCUUCGGGAAGCAGGGUGGGGAAGUGCCUGUCAUUUGUAAAUGGUCGUUCUGAGUAACUGACCGCAAUUUUUAUUCGAUUAAUUAUAAUCAGCUGAGCUGACUGAUUGCCUCUUCUCUACAUUUGAGCGCUCUUAACCACCACUUUAAAGUCUCUAUCUCGUUAACAAAGCGUAUAACGUAUGCCAAACAGCCUGGUACACGCAGCCUAAGAACAUUUGACAAGAUAAGAGCAAUGUCUUUGAUUGUGUCUUACAGGCACGGUAUGUGGAUUCCACUUACAGGCACGUCGUGUGAAUGUGAUAACAAAGGGAGAUGUUUUCCUGGUCACUCGCUGCUUCUGUAGCAGAGGGCGGUGUUAAUCAGCACUCGUGGCUCAGCGGUUGAACGAGCGGCGCGCUAUCAGACGGUUGCCAGUCCAAACCCUGGUUGUGGGUUGACUCAGCCAAUCAUCGUCCCUCUAGGGGUCGAUAAAGUAGGUACCGAAUUGCAGGGAAGUCAAAAGCGAUCGCUGCAAAUGGGCUAAAUUUGGUCUGCAUGGAAAUAGCGGGGUUUGUUAAGCGGGGGAGCCUGGCCUCGUACGAGCCCCGGUAUUCUGAGGACACGUGCUGGAUGACCACCACGUUUGUGGGCAUGGACGAAUGGACGUCUGCGGCAUCUUCAAAUCCACCCUUCACUCGGGCGGCUGACGCACGGCACUCCCACACGCUCUCCGGCUCGCACCUCCACCACCGCCGCUCGCGCCACCACCACCACCACCUCCCUCUUCCCCCGCGUUCCCAGCGACACCACGUAAUCGUCAGCUCCCGAGGAGCCCCGGCGAACGGUGUCGGGUGUCAGUGCCGCGCUCCCAUCCGCCCCUCAGCCACCACCACCGCCACAUUUCGCCCGUUUCUAUUUUGGACGUCAGCUGAUGCGCCACCGCUUUCUCGAGACGCGCGGCGCUCUGUGCUCGCGCCGGCCGUUGCGGCUCAGCCGGCGGGUGGCAGAGGGUGGCAGCCCGUGGCAGGAGCCCCACACACUCCUCUUGGACGGCAGCGGCGGCGGUAGCGGCGGUGCCACCCAAAAAGAGUCGCGGUGCUUGCGAGGGGGGGGGGGGGGCGUGCUCUGACGGCGUGAACGGACGGGACUAACGAAGCCACCACCACCACCACCAUCUCAGUUCCGCGCUGUUAGCGGCGGUGGCUGCUGCUGCUGCUGCGCGGAAUGAUGACGGAGAUGAACAAAGCGGACGGCGCUGGCAAGGCGGCGCACGCGAUGGACGGCAAGAACGGGCUGAGCGGCGCCGAGAAGGUGAUCCUGCGCAAGGUGGUGCGCCGCGGCGUCGUCGGGGAGGGCUCGCUGGUGCACUCGCCGGCCGCCUGGGGCCUCCUGCUGGCGCUGCUGCUCACCUGGUCGGCCGUCGCCGUGCUCAUGUUCGACCUCGUGGACUACCGCAGCGCGCUGGAACCCACCUGCAGUCAGCCCUGCCGGCCGCCCGGUUCCAUGGUGGAGUUUGAUGCGGACGGGGAUGGCGAUUUCGAUAUAGAAGAUGUAAAGUCGUUUUUUGGCGGGGUGUUCUACGAUCCGCUGGGUGCUGUGGGGAGGGUGGCCGGGCGCGGCACCGAGAGCCUCAACCACGUGUGGGGCAUCGUCUACGACCUCAUCGCUCCCGACGACGACGAUGACGACGAUGACGACGACGACGACGACGUAUACGGCGGCGGCGGCUCUGACGAUCGAAGGAGAAUGCCCGCGAAGCGUAAAGUACUUGCAUUAAUGACCAAGGAAAGGCCAAAGGGCCAUUCUCAGCAGGCAGCCCGCAAGCCUGCUAACGUGGCUGAAAGGCCCCAAGGUUCGCCGAAGGUGAAGUCGACGCAUCAGCAGAAAAGGACGACAGAGAAAUCGGAGAAGUCGCACAAGGAGCACAAGGAGCACAAGGAAGAGAAAGGACAGAAGGCGAAUAAGGAUGACAGGGCGCAUGAUAAAGACGGCAAGGACGAGAAAGCGCAUAAAGGACACAAGGAGGACAAAGCGCACGGCAAUCACAAGGAAGAGAAAGUGCAAAAGGGACACGUGCAGCAGGCGGCGGACAGGAAACACAAGGACGAGAAGGAGCACGGGAAAGCCCACAACGAGGACAAAGUACACAAGGAGUCCAAGGGACGCAAGGAGCAGAAAGAACACAAAGCCGAGAAGUCCGACCGCCCUGUAAAGGUCGUCGGAGCAGAAAAGACGGGGAACGUGGUAAAGGGACAUGAGGAUACAAAGGGGCAUAAAGAGGCCAAGGUACAUAAAGAAUUGACGGAACACAAGGAGGCCAAGGAGCACAAGGAGCACAAGGAACCCAAGGGACACAAGGAGCACAAGGAACACAAGGAGGCCAAGGAACACAAGGAACACAAGGAGGCCAAGGAACACAAGGAGCACAAGGAGGCCAAGGAACACAAGGAACCCAAGGAACACAAGGAGCACAAGGAGGCCAAGGAACACAAGGAGCACAAGGAGGCCAAGGAACACAAGGAACCCAAGGAACACAAGGAGCACAAGGAACACAAGGAGGCCAAGGAACACAAGGAGCACAAGGAACACAAGGAACCCAAGGAACACAAGGAGCACAAGGAACACAAGGAGCACAAGGAGGCCAAGGUACAUAACGAAUUGACGGAACACAAGGAGCACAAGGAGCUGAAGCAAAAUAAGGAUGCUAAGGAGCACAAGGAGGCCAAGGAGCACAAGGAACACAAGGAACACAAGGAGCACAAGGAGGCCAAGGAGGCCAAGGUACACAAGGAGGCCAAGGAGGUCAAGGUACACAAGGAGGCCAAGGAGCACAAGGAGGAUAAUGAACAUAAUGAACAUAGGGAGCAAAAGGCUGAGAAAGGGGGCAGAGAAGUGAGAGCAGAAAAGGGCGACAGAGACGACAGAGAGGCAAAGGAGCAGAGGGCAGAGAAAGCGGAGAAGCUCGAAAAGAAAGCGGAGGAGUCGGUAAAGUUGGAAAAGUCAAAGCAGGACCACCAUGAGGAACACGGCGAGAAACAUAAAGAAGAACACAAAGAGAAACACAAAGAGGAACACAAGGAGAAACACAAAGAGGAACACAAAGAUACACACAGUGAGAGACACAAAGAGGAAUACAAAGAGAAACACAGUGAGAGACACAGUGAGAGACACAAUGAGAGACACAAUGAGAAACUGAAAGAAGAACACAACGACAAACCCAAAGGAGAACACAAAGAGGAACCCAAAGAAGAACACAAAGAGGAACGCAAAGCAGAACACAGUGAGAGACACAAGGAGGAAGACAACGAGAAGCACAAAGAGCCGAAGGAGCCCAAGGCGGUGAAAGCGGCGGCGAAGCCGCUGAGGGGGACGGCCGAAGGGGAGAAGAAGAGAGAGCGAGCGGCCGAGAAGACGGAGAGCAAAGAUCAGUACGAGUUCUGUCGCUAUGUGCUUGACGCGUUUGCACACCAGCACAUGUCUCCAGCUCACAACCCCAGCUCCCCUGCCAAGGCUACACCGCCACCGGCCAAGGACAUAGCUCAAGGCUCUAAGAAGACUGCCGCCCCAAAAGAAGAUCGGGCAAAGAAGCCUGUGACUGCCGCAGCUGAGAGUCCUGCCAAGGCUGCUCCAGUGUUGACAGCAGCUGCACCCAAACCCAAGGCGAAAAAAGCCGAUGCGGUGAAAGAGACAAAGCCGCUGCCCAAAGAGGAGGACAGCCACUCGCACCCGGCGAGCCCACACGCCAAGCCCGCCGCACCGAAGAAGCCUCCGGCUCCGACUCCUCCCGAAGAACCCGCGAAGAAAACGGAGCCUGUCGUGACGAAGGAUAAGGAGAAGGUGGCGCAGCCAGCCAAGACGGCCAAAGCAAAGCUAAUCCCAGCUGCCGUCGAAGAGGAUGAUUCAGGUUCGGCGAAGAGGAAGGUGAAAAAGACAGAACUGAAUGAGACUCUGGUGGCCGGACUUGAGAAGGACGUCCCCCUCUCUCAACUCGGAGGUGGCGUGCCGAAAACAAGCUCGAAAGGCAAAGCUCCCGUGCGCUACUUCCAGUGCGUGUUGGUGGAGUCGGGCAACGGCUACGGGCCGGUGGUGUACGACUCCCCGCUCAAGGCGCCCCCCGAUGCCACCGCGCCCCACAAAGAGUCAUCGGAGAAGAGGAAAAAGACUCACACCAUUUGAGCUUGCGCCUCGGGUCAAAUGUUUUUUUUUUUAAAUUGUCACGACGAUAUGAACGUGGGGGGGGGGGGGAGAAAAAAAAACGCAAAGUUAAUUCAUGCAGAGAGAAAAACAAACCGAGGAACAAAAAUUGAGCGCAUGCGUCGAGUCACACGUCGGGAGUGACGCGUUCCGGUUGGCAGCAUCUCGUACGGAAUGGGUUUCGCGUGACCGCUGGAUGCACCGCGCCAACUUUCCACAAGGAAGACGAAUCAUGCAUAUGCAUGGAUGCUGGAAUGCUUUCCACCGACGUGCAUUUGUCCUAGGAAGUGUGUCAUUUGCCAUAGCAAUGGAGCGGCGCUACCCGGAGCUCGGGUAGCGGCUUUGCCGGGGAGGCCACGGGCAACGCUGUGGCUAGUGUGGCCAGUGCCCUCUAGGAUCAGACUCCCUAGCAGCAGAACAACGUCCAUCGGAAGCUCAAUUCGUCUUGGAUCGUCUUGAUGAGAGUUAUUGUUUCCCCCCCCCCCUCAAUCCCUCCCCGACAUUAUAGACAGAGAUGAUUGUCUUCAACCUUAUCCAACAACAGUGAUAAGUAAUCAAAACAUAAUAAAAUCACGUGGUUGUGCAGGAGCUUAGAGGGCUUUCAAUCGAGUCGUCCUCGUGUAGUCAGAAUUUUGCGAGUCGGUGUGUCACCCACUCUGGUGUGUCAGCCCACUCUGGUGUGUCACCCCACUCCCAGGAACCGAUGGGGCCGCCCCAAAUCGUCAGAUUAACUUCUGGGGCAGGCACUUUCAGGAGCCAGGCAGUGCAGGAUGGGAUGGAUGGGUCGGCCAGGAGCAUAAACAAAACGCUGCCGUGGGAAUAGUCAGUUUGAGCCCCGUUACAUCACGCGGAAGGAGUCUGUGUUCCUUUAGCUCCCGUGAGGAUUGUCACAGGAGAAGAGACGGAUUGUGAAGGGUUAUACGAGAAGCUGCCAGGCUGACUUUGGCUGUCAGAGAGGUGUUUUUUGAGCCAGCGCCUUUAAUUGUCGAUACGCUUUGUGCGCGCAAUUGUUGACCGACACACGUGGCUUGUGAUGCGCCUUAUUUACACAUCUGAUAGCAUACCGCGUGCCGGAUUUAAAAAGGCGCGCCGAUUGAAGAGGGGUGUCAUGAUCUGUCGAAUGUAUAACCCGAUUUAGAAUGUGUAGGUGUAGGCAUGCUUAACUUAUGAAGUGGGACAUUUACAGAGUUAUGCUUUUUGUUUAUUCUUCUCGUCAAAAUAUUCCUUCAUCGAGAGUGUACAGCUGCGGUUUUGAAGCCGGUUUUGUCGAGUCGCUCAAAACUUUUGUACAAAAGCAGUGCACCUGAGCGGUCUCUGCUUCCUGCUCGCACCAGAGUGACUGCACGUGUGAUGUUUUAUUUCCGAUAGCGCGUGGUUACAUGCACUGUAAAAUCAAAGCGUUGGCGUGUUGAUUUGCAAAGUUGUGCUGCAAAAGAAAACCGGUGUGCACGCACGGUCGUGGACGAUCGAUCACGUGCCAUGGGUCAUAAGGGUUGAGCGCGAUGCGUUGUCACGAGGCCGAGAGAACAUUGGGAUCCCUCGCAGAGCGGUGCAGCACUUGGUGUUAGCCAACGGCCCACGGAAGCGGAUAUCACAGAGCUGCCACCCGAGAUCCCUACGCAACAGGGGGCAGCACUUUCCAUCCCGCUCCGCCACUGAGGGUAAUUGUCCAAUGGACCCGACCACCUAUAAACCCACCAACGAUCAAGAGUGCCCCCCCCCCCCCCAUUCUGUUCACCUGCAGGGCCCUUACACGGACCCACGCUGGACGCAGGCCGGUUGGCACAGCCUACGAGGCAAAUCACACGGUCGCAACUUCACGAUCGGCGAGCUUCCAUUGACCGUGCAUGACGUCGUCGAUAUUCUAUCUCCCGUCCCAUUCCCUCCGCCUCCCGCUUGCUUGACCCAUGAUUGACCUCCUCUCACAGGGAACGGGGAGGGGGGCUCUACUCUCCCUCCCCUGCCCAAUCUCAUAACCACCCCCCACGAGUCAUUAGCCACUGUACAGCAGCAGCUGCAUCCCAAAGGGGCGACGCUGAAACGUGGGACGGCCGAAAUGUGAGUGCGUGGCACCAUCAUUUGUUCAGGUCAUCGGCGGACUUCUGCAUCCAUCAAACCACGGAGGACAAAAUUAGGCCCCCGAGGCCACGGUCAAUUGUUUAACGGCGUGUGCGACGCGAUUGAAUAGCAUCGAGUGCCAGACAGGGCCGGUGCUAGGGGAGAUGCAUGGGUGGGCCCUGCACCAUCAAAAUGUCCGUUUUCGCCCACCCAAGUUCACUGAGCGGUAAAUCACUGUCACGGUGCCCCCCCCCACACAACGGCCCUACUUGUCCCCCCACCGCCCCCCCCCCACUUCCGAGAGGUGCUGGAGCUGGGCCAGUCGCCAGGGAGAUUGGUGCAGCGGUCGAGUGUUGUACAACCGCAUCGGUGUGCAUGGUCGUGCUGCUCAGCUCUCGAUGUGUUCUUCUGGGUGAUGCCGCUACGUGCUGUUCGCCAACGUGAUCUCCCCGUGUUUUGCUCCGCGUGCUGGGAGCUCAAGAAGCCUCUUUGGGAACCGUUCCUCCAAUGCGCGCGGCGCGAAACGUCGGACAUCACGCUGCCAUAUGGCACGCGGUACGCAACCUCGGCAACACGCGGGACAGCUCGGCGUACGAGGGCGGGUGCAGCGUGUCCGCGGAAUAACGCGCGUCGAUAAAACCGUGGCCUGUGGUGUGACGGGGUGUGUAGGGCCGGGCCUGUAAACAUUCAACGGGUGGAAAAAUCGAAGCGCAAAAAAACAAUGGAAUGGCGCGCAAAGCGGCGGCGACUCAUUGUCAGAUGCUUCUCCACGCUGCGCACGUACCGGGGCCGCCCCAGUUUAGUUUGGAAAAGUAACCGCUGUCGCGUUGGACGGCAAAUUCCAGAAUUGGCUUGUGGUUUCAGUGGUUUUUUGUGUGCUUUAAUCUCUCUUUUAUAUUGUUUUUAUAUAUUUAUGAAUUUAAAAAGCAAUAUAAACAACAUUACAAGCUGAACAUGGGAUGCAUCAGAGGGUUUUAUUUAAAAAAUCGACACACCAGGAUGCCCCAGCCGUGAAGGAUCCCGGUAUUUCGAGGACACGCCGAAUUGCUGUCCGGCUGGGUCACGGUGAGGUCACGGUGAGGUCACGGUGAGGUCACCGUUGUGGGUAAAUCGGCGCCUCCGACUCUCUGCACGCGCUUCGCGCAAGCUCCAGCACACGGCCCACGAGGGCGCGCUCUUGCCGUUUCAAAAUUAGGUUCCUGCCGAAUGAUCGACUGUCACAUUCUUGAGAACCCUAUUUUUGUACGUCCACAUCAGUUGGGGAAUCUGAUGGUGAAGCAGUGUGCUGUAUUAGCGCGGCGAUAAGUUUACGUUAGAGUGCUUUCACGCAUCGGCAGCUUCGCUCGCGUGGGCGUGCGCACGCAGGCACCGAUGGCGCGAACCUGGUAAUAUUUACAAUAUCCAAGUGUGGCACAAUUUUACAACCUUUGCUGCGCAAGCUCGUGACGCGAAUCAAGUUAGCUCCCGGUUGUCCGGGGGUGGACUAUCUGGGUUGCGGAUUAAUCGUGCCUGCGAAAUAUAUAUUUACACAAGCCGCUUCAAUUAGCGAGCUGCUCCUCACUCGUCGAGGGCCAUGGACUCACGUGACGGCAAUUACAUCUAUAAAUCUAUUCAUUUAUGCGGCAGUAAAAAUAGAUGACGCUUUCUAUGCUUUCAUUCCCCCGCUGUAUGUCGGUAAACAAUAAAUACAUUUAUAUAGCCUCACUGAGGUGUGAAUUUCAUUAUCCGUGGUUUUGUUUUAUCCGGGCCACCCCCCCCCCCCCCCCAUUUCAAUUGUGCCCGACAAUCGAGAGUUGACCGAUACAGAAAGCUCAUGUGCAAGUUGCCGGGUGGAUUGUUAAAUCGCAGGAUCAUGAGUAAUGGUUGCGUCUUGGGUGGGACCUUCAUCCAGCAGUGGCUUGGUAAUUCCUGAUGACGACAUCGACGAUGAUCAGUGCGUGACAUUGGCACUGCGCCAUGUGGUGCUGAUUCCAUCCUGAGCGGUGGAAUCUCCUCAGGUGCUGAUGUAACACCACAACGGCAAGUCACCUGUACAAGCCACACAGCUCCUGCACGACAUUUGCAAAACCAGGACGGGAUUGACUGAUCCGCCGUUACCCGGAGUCCUGUUUUACCCUACAGUCUUGGGGUGUACACCAGUGUCGCAGUAGCUUGGUUGGCGUGGGCCCUGAUAUGGGCCACCCCCUGUUCAUUUACACCUCUCCCCCCAUCUCCCCUUUUUUGUACCCCAGCAUCUGGACUUCCUCCAGCCCGUGAGCCCCGGUGCAGUUGCGCCGCCUGCACACUCGAGGCGCGCCACUUGCGUGCGCCCCGAGCAAAAAGUAAUCGGUCAUUGGAACAGACCUCUGGCUUGCAACGAUGGCUCAUGAAACCACUAUAAUCCAUCGCCGUUCCACCCCGUGCCUCCACGUUUGAUAUUAAUCCUGCGCCCACCACGCUUGCCCGCCACUGACAAUGUAACUGCGUGUAGUUUUUGUGGGGAGUUUUUUUGCCGUGUAUAGAGAGGUAUCCGUGUACAUUUCUUUCUGUAAAGUUUCAAUGCUUAAGCUUGGUGGCAGGCGUCCUCGGCUACUCGCGACGGCGUGUGAGCAAGUUUGCCGUGGCUGUGUGCGGCUGUCGGUGCCUUUCCCCAUUUGUAAAUACCGUGACGUCCGGUUUUACGAGAAGUGCCAAGCUCUUAUUAAGCUUGGCUUUUAGGAAAUUUAAAUUGUACGAGGCUGUUCCUGUUUUUAUUUUGUUGAAGCCUCUACGAGGCGAGCUGCCGUGCAUGUCCGCACAGGCAAAAGUUACGACGCCACGUUCCCAAAUUGGCGCGCCCUUCGCACCGGACGUGAACGCGUUUUGGAACGUUACAGGAGCCAGUGCACGGCCCCAUGAUGGCCAGUCAGCCCGUUUUGGAACGUUACAGGAGCCAGUGCACGGCCCCAUGAUGGCCAGUCAGCCCGUUUUGGAACGUUACAGGAGCCAGUGCACGGCCCCAUGAUGGCCAGUCAGCCCGUUUUGGAACGUUACAGGAGCCAGUGCACGGCCCCAUGAUGGCCAGUCAGCCCGCAAUGCGCCCCAUCUCGGAGGCUAAGCAGGGCUUGAGCCUGGACAGAGCUUGGGAUGGGGUGGCCACCGGUGCAUGUCAGGCUGCUGCCGUAGGCGGCUGCAACGCUUCUGCUGCUUGCUGAUCGGCAGAGGGCAAAAGUCGUCGUUGCUGUACACAGGGUGGUCCAGAUGUCUUGUGACCCUCAUUUCAUUCUCUAAAACUUUUUUUUAAAGUAAAGUUUAUUCAAAACAGAAAUUAAUUUGAAAAGGGGAAAAAAACAUUUCAGGGGUCAAUUAAUUGGGGGGGGGGGGUCACAAGACAUCUGUACAAUACUGUAUUCCCACGUGUAAGGUUCCCCCCGUCUUCUAUCAACCGGCACUGACCCGACGCGGUGAAGUAUGGUCGAGUAACCCCCACAACCCGCACGGUGUGGGGAGGCCCUCAUCCAGCAGUGGACUGAACAUGGGUGGCUGCUGCUGCUGCUGCACGUUGUUCACCUCGCGCGAGGCGGUUACCAGCGUCGGAUUCACCGUUCGGCAAUUUGUGUGCUCCGGGCGGCGUUGGCAUUUUCAGCCGCCGGUGGGGGCAUUUCUCUAGCCGUGUGUCUGCGUGUGUGUACCGUGUACCGUGGACGGCUAAAGUAGCUGACCUUUUGUGCUGCUCACUCAUUGUUUAUCGAAUGGAGCAAAAGCGCGGCGAUUCGAAAUAAAAUCCAUUCGUGGUAAACAAAACGCCUCGAGCAUUCACCCAGCCCUUGUCGGACUUCACGGAAGCAUUUUUUGCUAUCGUCCACUGCAACCAAACCAGCAAACCUCUAUUCAGCUCUCGUAAAAUCCGUUUGACUUGUAUUAUUAUCCGGGAGGGCUAUUGCUAUGUACGCAUCGGUGAACGAGACACUGGCCUCCUGCGCCCACCCCGCCGCUACCUCAGCAACGUGUUGACGGCGCCUUCGCCGUUCUUUUCUUUCCGCCUUGGCCGUGGCCGACGACUCGCCGCGUGGACGGGAGCGAGCCGGGAGAUUUGGCGUCGAGGCUUGCGCGUUGUCGCGGCCCGCGACGUUCGGGAGUUGCCUUCGAGGACGAUCGCGACGACCGGCCCCGCGACUGGCCCUGCGCUGCGAAACGUUGCAGGUGCGCGUCUUGGACGUGCGGCGGGGACAAAGGUGGCGGUCGUGUUGCCAGUGCAAUUAAAAAAAAGUUCACAGUU